GCGGGUGCCGGUCCCAGGAUCGGCUGUGUUUCCCCUGGAAGCCUUGUUCCAGGGUCCUUCCAGGUGAAUCUGCCCGGAGUUCCUUCAGCACCUCGGACAGAGCACGCAGAAAACAUGGCUCCUAUCACGACCAGCCGCGUGGAAUUCGAUGAAAUUCCCACAGUAGUGGGGAUCUUCAGUGCAUUUGGCCUUGUCUUCACUGUCUCUCUCUUUGCUUGGAUCUGCUGCCAGAGAAGAUCAUCUAAGUCCAACAAGACUCCUCCAUACAAGUUUGUGCAUGUGCUGAAAGGAGUUGAUAUCUACCCUGAAAACCUAAGUAGCAAAAAGAAAUUUGGAGGAGAUGACAAAAAUGAAGUUAAGAAUAAACCAGCUGUACCAAAAAUUUCAUUGCAUCUUGAUCUGGAGAAGCGAGAUCUCAAUGGCAAUUUCCCCAAAACCAACCUCAAAGCUGGCAGCCCUUCUGAUCUAGAGAACGUGACCCCAAAGCUCUUUACAGAGAGAGAAAAAGAGGCCAUUUCCCCCGAGAGCUUGAAGUCUAGUACUUCCCUCACUUCGGAAGAGAAGCAGGAGAAGCUGGGGACACUCUGCUUGUCCCUAGAGUACAACUUUGAGAAGAAAGCGUUUGUGGUGAACAUCAAGGAAGCCCAGGGCUUACCAGCCAUGGAUGAGCAAUCCAUGACCUCUGACCCGUACAUCAAAAUGACCAUCCUACCAGAGAAAAAGCAUAAAGUGAAAACCAGAGUGCUGAGGAAGACACUGGACCCUGUUUUUGACGAAACCUUCACCUUCUAUGGGAUUCCUUAUCCCCACAUCCAAGAGUUGUCCUUGCACCUCACAGUUCUGAGUUUUGACAGGUUUUCAAGAGAUGAUAUUAUUGGAGAAGUCCUGAUUCCUCUUUCGGGGAUUGAAUUAUCGGAUGGAAAAAUGUUAAUGAAUAGAGAGAUCAUCAAGAGAAAUGCUAAGAAGUCUUCUGGACGGGGUGAACUUCUGGUCUCUCUCUGCUAUCAGUCCACUACAAACACGCUCACUGUGGUUGUCUUAAAGGCACGGCACCUGCCGAAGUCUGAUGUGUCUGGGCUUUCAGAUCCCUACGUCAAAGUGAACCUGUACCACGCCAAGAAGAGAAUCUCUAAAAAGAAGACUCACGUUAAAAAAUGCACUCCCAAUGCAGUGUUCAAUGAACUGUUUGUCUUUGAUAUUCCUUGUGAGAGUCUUGAAGAAAUAAGCGUUGAAUUUUUAGUUUUGGAUUCUGAAAGGGGGUCCCGAAAUGAGGUGAUUGGGCGGUUGGUCCUGGGUGCCACAGCAGAAGGAAGCGGUGGGGGGCACUGGAAGGAGAUCUGUGACUUUCCCAGGAGACAAAUUGCUAAGUGGCAUAUGCUCUGUGAUGGGUAGUUUCCUGGCCAUGAG